AUGUUGUCCGCAAAGACUACAAUGGCACAUCACCACCACCACCAUGGACACGGACACGAGCACCACGGACAGGGCGUUGACUUCGCUGCUGCCAACAAGGAGUAUUUCUCGACCCAUGUUUCUGAUUUCGAUAAGCCAUCGGUUACAGAACUCGCUAUCAAAGUCACUAAAGCCAUGCGCGAGCACUAUCCGUUUGACAAGAACUCUACCACAGUGAUGGAUUUCGCGUGUGGUGCAGGCCAUAUCUCAAGGGAGUUGGGUCCCUACUCGAAGUCCAUCGUCGGAGUGGACAUAACCCAAGGUUUAGUCGACGCGUACAACAAACGUGCGACCGAGAAAGGAAUCCCUCCAGAAGAGAUGCAUGCCGUCUGCGUCGAGCUCAAAGGAGAAGAAGGCGAACUCGACGGCCGCAAAUUUGAUGUCAUCACUUGCUCCAUGUCCUACCAUCAUUUUGGUUCCGUCGAAGCCAUUACGAAGAUGCUGGCCUUCUUCCUGAAGCCAGGUGGUGCACUCCUGAUUGUCGACAUCUUGAACAAACCUGAGAAUGCUGCAGAGGUCCCCAAGAUCCCGGAGAAGUAUCGCCAUGUCAUUGCCCAUACCUCUGGAUUCAAGGAAGAGAAAUUCCGCGCUGUCAUGCAAGGCGCAGGAUUAAUCACUGCCGUGUUUAUCCCCGAGGCAAUGGACUUCACUUUCUUAUUCAACGAAGAAGAGGAAGGCGAGGGGAGCGUGACUGGAAAAUUGUUUUUCACGAAGGCGGUCAAGCCAUCGGCCUGA